CAUAGUGAAUUCAAGAUCAGCCUGAACUGCAUAGUGAGACCCUGUCUCAAAAAACAAAAACAAAACAAAGAACCAAUCAGUCAGCUCUUCACAAAAGCCCUUUACGCCUGAUGGCCUUGGGUUCAAGGGUUUAAAAUUCUAAGCAGGGAGGGCUCUGGGUCUAAAGGGUGGCUGGCAGCAGCAGGCUCUGGACCUUCAGAGAGUGGUUCAGAAAUCUGGGGUGAGGUCUGAGCCCUAGGGCCCCGGCGGGCUGUGGCCAGUAGCCUGAUCUGGGAGCAGCCCUUGCCUUUUAGCUCACCCGUGCCCCUUUCCUGCUCCCCAGAGCUCGGGGACAGGUGCCCUUACUUGUCCGUUAUAGUUACUAAAUAGAGCAGCGGGGAGAGGGACUGGCAGGACUGGUGAGGGCAAGGUGGUCUGGGGGCACCCAGGUCCAGGGCCCAAGAGGUCCACUCUCUCCACCCCACCUUCCCCCAAUGCCAUGUCCCUCUGAGAGUGGAAGAGGGCCUCACAGGGCAACUAGGAGAGGGGCACGAUGCCCCAGCAGGGCUGAAUCCUGCCUGGGCCCAGGGCUAUAGCCACCAGGCCAUGAGCUCCAGGCCCUCCCCACCUCAGGCUCUCUGUUGGGCAGAGCCCCUUAAAUCAGAGACCUGGGCACCCUCCCCAGGCCCCAGUGUGACACCUGGCUUACCUUGAGGCACAGGCUGAUGGCUGGAAGUGAGGCGUGCUGGCCUGCCCAGUGGCCCGGCCGCCCGCCUGGCCCCCUGCAGGGACCUGCAGCAUGGCACCUGGAGACGCAAAGGCGGCAGGGCAGGAAACCCAAGCUGAGAGGACAUCAAUCAUUCAUGGGGCUGCUCUCUGGGAAACCCUAACCCUGGCCCAGUAGGGCCAAGUGACCAGUCAGGGUCCUCCAUGCUCAGGGUCAAACAGCUGAGCCCCCUCACACAGGGUCCUUCUGGCUCAGGGCGGGCUGUGUGCUCCCCAGGGUGCACCUGCUCCGACAUCACCACCACCUCUCAGCUGGUAUUUGAGACCUCUGUGUUGUGGCCUCGUCCCGUCUCGAAGGCCCUCUGCCCUAUCCAGGAUGUCAUCCCCGGGAAGGCUGGCACUAGGCUGUAAGAGGCCUGCGCUCAUCCACUGCCCGAGAAGUCUUCCUUGGUGCCCUCUGCUCAGCUGAGUCCUGCCUGAAGCAUGGCUGGGUUGAGUGUGCAGCUCUUCAGCAAUGUUCCCCCCAUCUUACAGAUGAACAAACUGAGACUCAGAACUGACUGCAUCUCCCAGCUAAGGAGUGGCCAGGCUGGAGUCUCAAACUCAUGGUGGCCAUGGUGUUCUUUGCUGCUGAGGACAGUCCUGCUGUCCCACCUGGCUCUGUCCUGGCCACCCCAGGGCAGAGGGCAGGGAUUAGGUCCUGGGCUGCCCACCUCACUUACCCUAAUCCCCCACAGGGCCCGAUCACAGGCAGUCACCUCAAAGACUGGGCACAUAAGCAGCUUUGUGGCUCCUGAGAGCCAAAGGUGCUCAGGGGAGCAGCAGCCUUGAGCCCGGCUGUCUCUCCCCACAUGGCCACAGAGCACAGCCCAGGCUCAGGCCCCAGCUCCCGGAAGCCCCCUGCAGAGGCUGUGACUCCGGGUAGUGGUGGCGAGGGGCCCCCCUCGACCAGGAGGAGGAGCAAGAGGGAAAAGCAGACCCGCGGGGCCCGGAAGGGCAGCGCCGGGGAGCAAAUGCCUGUCCAGGACCCCGAGGCCCCAGGCAGUAGCAGAAACCCAUCAAGGGCCAAAGAGAAGAAAGAAGAGCCAUCCCCAGUGCCCCCUGGGCCAGCCUCUCGCAGACAGUCCCACCGGCGCCGUUCUGACUCCCAGCAGGAUGCUGCUCAGAGGGCAUAUGGACCCCUGCUCAACCGCAUGUUCGGGAAGGACCGUGACCUGGGCCCCGAGGAACUGGAGGAGUUGCAGGCUGCCUUCGAGGAGUUUGACACUGACCAGGAUGGCUACAUCGGCUACCGGGAGCUGGGUGACUGCAUGCGGACGCUGGGGUAUAUGCCCACCGAGAUGGAGCUCCUCGAGGUCUCGCAGCACGUAAAGAUGCGCAUGGGUGGCUUUGUGGACUUUGAGGAGUUCGUGGAGCUGAUCAGCCCAAAGCUGAGGGAGGAGACGGCGCACAUGCUGGGGGUGCGGGAGCUGCGCAUCGCCUUCCGAGAGUUUGACAGGGACAGGGAUGGAAGAAUCACUGUGGCAGAGCUGCGGCAGGCAGCACCAGCUCUGCUGGGGGAACCCCUGGAGGGAACCGAGCUGGACGAGAUGCUCCGAGACAUAGACCUCAACGGGGACGGCACCAUAGACUUUGACGAGUUUGUGAUGAUGUUGUCCACCCACUGAGGCCCCAGCAGGUGCCUCAAGAUACCACCAGGACCAGGCUGCACUCAAGGAGGCUCCAGGAGGGCAGAGACCUAGCAGCCCCCAGAAUACUUCUGCCCGGGGCUGUAUCUUGCCCUAGAGUCUGUCUGUGAGAUCACCCGCAUUCUUCACCAUCGCCACCCCCUGCUUGAGCAGCCUGGAGAAAAUGUAUGCUCAAGCGUCCACCAAUCCCCACUGAGCAAGAUCUGGAUCUCUCUGCCCCCUUGGGAGGUAGAGAGUUCCUGGCACUGGCAGUAUUUCAAAUAGGGGCAAUUUGGGGGGAAUCCAUAGUAAUGCAGUGAGUUGAGAGGGUGGCCAGACUCGUCCCACUACUACAGAAUUCUUAAAAAGUGAACUUGAAAGGAACGAGCCUAGGUCCCAAAGACCAAAGCUGGCGUUGUAGGAGGGAGCUGACCCCACAGGGGUUUCAGAUCUAGAGAAAGGCUUGGGAGUCCAGGAGGCCCACAGUCCCACAGAGUCUGGGUGGCAAGAAAUUAAUCUCUGGAUCCAUUCCAGGGCCUCAGAGUGCUACCCUGUUCCUGGAAAGGGGAAUGAAAAAUACAUUCCCACCAAACAGCCUGAGAUGGUGGAGGGAGCAGAUAUUUAGGGUCCAGAGUGGAAACAAGUCACAAAGACAGAAAAGGGAAAGAAAGGAAAGGAUGCCUUAGGCACGUGGAAAUGUUUUGUUGUUGUCCUAAAGAAAGAUAAGUUGAUUAACCUUAAACUUCACUGACCAUCUAAAAGUAACCAUUAGGGUCUGGGAUAUAGCUCAGCAGCACAAUGCCUGCCUGGAAAGUGCAAGGUCAUGAGUUCAAUUCCCAUACCAAU